AUGCAGACUGCUUCUACAAACAUUUGUGAAAGACUGUGCAAUAAGUCCGUGAACUUUCCUUGCAACAAAAUAUUCCACGGUCAACUGUUAGUGGUAUUAUAACAAAGUGGAAGCAACUGGGAACAGCAACUCAGCCAUUAAGUUGUAGGCCACAUAAAAUGACAGCACAUGCUGAUGUGCACAGAAGUCACCAACUGUCUGCAGAGUCAAUAACUAAAGACCUCCAAACUUCAUGUGACCUUCAGAUUAGUACAACAGUGUUUAGAGAGCUUCCUAGAAUGGGUUUCCAUGGCCAAGCAGCUGCAUCCAAGCCUUACAUCACCAAGUGCAAUGCAAAGCGUCGGAUGUAAUUGUGUAAAGCACACUACCACACUGGACUCUGG